GUACGCUUGCCGCUGACCCAGCCAGCCGCCUCUUCCCCCCCCCUCAAUUCACACACACAUCUUCCCCCCACAACAACACCGACAGCACCCCGUGCCGGUAUCUUCAACACCAUUUCCCUCUCGCCUUCACGAUAACAAUAAUGACGCACAUCCCCUUCAAGCACUCCAUGGUCAAGGGCGGUUCGAUGGCAGCAUCCUCUGCCUGCCCUGCCUCUGCCACCAGCCGGGGCUCUUGCACGCUAUCUUACAGCAACUCCAGCUCUGCCGGCUCCACCGAGAGCUUCCCCAGCGACACCUCUUGCGGAGACAGCGAGAGCGUGAUCGGCAGCAGCCCCGACGACCUGGACUACAUCCCUACGGAUGAUGGCUUUGCUACCGAGGUGCCCCCCCACACUGGAAAGAAGACGGUGCUGGUCACUGGCGCCGCCGGGUUCAUCGGGAGCUGGGUGGCGGACACCCUGCUUGCCCGCGGCGAUGACGUGGUGAUCGUCGAUGAGGUCAACAGCUACUAUGACGUCCGCACCAAGCGCUCGAACAUCGCCAUGCUCCUCGAGAAGUACGGCCCCAACAGGGUCAAGUUCUUUGAGGGGGACCUGUGCGACGCUCCCUUCAUCACGCGCAUCUUCGAGACGGAGGGUGUGGAGUGGGUGGUGCACAUGGCCGCCCGCGCGGGCGUGCGCCCCUCGAUUGAGGACCCAUUCGUGUACGUGCACUCCAAUGUGGAGGCCACGACGCGGCUCCUGGAGCUGUCUCGCCUCCACGGCGUGAAGUCGUUCGUGUUCGCGAGCAGCUCCAGCGUGUAUGGCGGCAGCCAGAAGGAGGUGUUCAGCGAGAAGGACGUUGUGGACUUUCCCGUGUCCCCCUACGCCGCUACCAAGAAGAGCUGCGAGCUCAUGGCCCACACGUACAGCCACCUGUACGGCCUCAACAUCGCCGGCCUCCGCUUCUUCACGGUCUACGGGCCCCGCGGACGCCCCGACAUGGCCCCCUACAAGUUCAUCGACCUGGUGGCUAGGGGCCAGGAGAUCAUGCAGUUCGGCGACGGCUCCACCUCGCGCGACUACACGUACAUCUCUGACAUCGUGGACGGCGUGGUCCGCUCGCUGGACCGCCCGGCCGGCUACCAGAUCUACAACCUCGGCAACGGGAGCCCCGUGAGCCUGUCCUCCUUCAUCAAGCUGGUCGAGAAGUCGGUCGGCACGCCCGCCAAGAUCCGCGUAUGCCCCGAGCAGCCCGGGGACGUUCCCCGCACCUGCGCUGACAUCUCGAAGGCCCGUGCCAUGCUGGGGUACAACCCGAGCGUGGCCUUCGCCGACGGCAUCGGCAAGACUGUCGACUGGUACCAGAACCGCGCGGCCAUGAACGCCGCCCCCGGCGUCGGCGUCGGCGCGGUCGUAGACGACGCCGAUGACGUCAUCGCCGAGGAGGAGCCUCUGACGGUCGAGCUCCUGUCCCUGUGCACCACGCAGGCGGCGGCGGGUCGCGCGCGCUCGGUGUCGUGCGCAUCCGCCAGCGCCCUGGACAUGGAUUUUUGCGACAGCAUCCUGCCCAAGGCGAUGAUGUCGCAGCGGCAGCAGCAGCUCCUGGCCGCCGCCGCUGACGGCGGCGUUGCCCUCGAGCGCGUCUCCCGCACCACGUCGUACGCUUACUAAGAGAAGCAACAGCGCACGCAGGCCGCUUGGCCGCAUGACGCAGUACGAUUUCGGAGCAGUGUUGCAGCCAGGAGCGAAGAAGCGCAAUUUUGGUGCACAUCGGAGGGCUUAUUUUUGUUGUGCUGCAACCUGAAAGUGGUGGCGUGCACGUGUCUCAGAGCGCUGCAACAAGAAAAUAAACGCUCUGACAUUGAUUAAUGAUGAAGGUGGUGAUUCGCGUGUCGACUCCGGUCGGGCUAGUUUUUGUGAGGUUCAUUUUCGAACGGGUGAGGGAAGAAACAGUACAUUGUUCCGACGUACUGUAGGUUUUUGCGAUGCUUCCACCAAAGAAACAGGUGUAAAUGCAUGUGUAAGCUUUCAUGAUCGAAGCUAGGUGUGAUAAGAAACACGUCUAUUUUCCCUGAGGAUGAGUCAAACGUGUCGAGGAAUGUGAUAUGUGACAAGUGUUUUCUGGAGUUUUGCUAGGCGAUCGGAGGGGCGUCGUGUCCAGCCUUUUGUGUAUAGUGCAGGAGAACAGGACGAAAACAAGUGUGGGAUUUCGCUUCAUACACAGCCUUAUGUACAGACCGCACCACCGCUACCGCCGAGAUAUUUGUCGGCUAUUGUCAUUUUUGUGUAGAUGUACAGGGUCGGACGGACAGGAGAUCAUCGUUCCCUCCUGAGAAAACGGGGGCGGGGCGGUGGGGGUCAGAAUGGUUAACCCUCGUGUUGUGUUGGUAUCGGAGUUGAGUUGUGGAUGAGUAGGUCAGAGACGAACAGCCUUGCACGGCACUUUUGUCUUGUCGAAGUGAUGUGUUUUUUUCGGAACUAGACGAAGGUAGGAAGUAGACGUUCUUGCCACCUUAUUGCGGAAUGUGAUACACGUGGAAAAUGUUGAGCUUAUUUUUGCUUGUUCUUCACACGUCGUCUUGAAGGGUUUCAGACCGCGAUCAUGUUUUGUGAAUGUCAACACCGAAUGAAUGCACGGUCGACAGAUAGUGGAGUUGCGGCAGCCCCAUCGCCUCGUCGCUGUUAUCACCCCACGGUGCAAAGGUGAUGCUGUCGGCAGGCACUGAGUGCACACCUGCAGAUAUGUGCGUCGAGGCGUUGGGAUCGUUUUCAGCCGAAUUGACGGAGCAACCAAGCAUUCCGUUUGACUCUCACCGCAGAUGUUCACGGUUGACACGGAGACGAGCAGCUAUGUACAAAAGCUGUGGUUCUAUGGCGAAAGACACGGAGCUUAGCCUAUGAACGC